AAGGGAAAAAAAAGAAGUCGAAAAAAUCGAUCUCGAGGCAACGCUUUCAAUCCGCCAAGAAGCUCGUGUCCACGUCCAAACCUUCACUGCCGCACCACAAUUCGCAGUGAACAGCACAAAAUGUCAUUCCGGGGAGCGCCACGUGGCCGUGGCUUUGGCGGAGGCGGCUUCGGCGGCCGGGGAGGUGGCCGCGGAGGGUAUCAACAGCGAGACAUGGGCCCGCCGGCAACGGUAUUGGAGAUGGGCAAAUUCAUACAUGCAUGCGAAGGCGAGAUGGUGUGCGAGAGCAUAAACCCUUCGGUUCCUCACUUCAACGCGCCGAUGUACCUGGAGAACAAGACUUCUAUCGGCAAAAUUGAUGAAGUUCUUGGACCCAUCAACCAACUCUACUUCACCAUCAAGCCUUCCGAGGGUAUCCAGGCAACGUCGUUCAAGUUCGGCGACAAAUUCUACAUCUCGGGCGAGAAGCUCCUGCCCCUUCAAAGGUUCCUGCCGAAGCCGAAACCGCCCCCUGGCACAGUCAGUAAGGUGAAGAAGCCCGGCCGAGGCGGACCCUCCUUUGGCGGCAGAGGCGGAGGGUUUUCGAGGGGUGGCCGUGGCGCACCGCGAGGCGGCAGGGGAGGCGCCCCGCGCGGCCGAGGCGGCUUUGGCGGUGGGAGAGGAGGAGGCUUUGGCGGCGACCGAGGAGGCUUCGGCGGUCGGGGUGGCUCUGGGGGUUUCUCACGGGGCGGCGAUCGGGGCGGAGGAAGAGGGAGGGGUCGGGGAGGCUUCAGCCGGGGGAGCUAAUGCUCUCGCCGUCUUCAUCCCCCUUCUCCCUCUUUCUCUCUUGUGUUUCCCCAUUUCACGGUGGCUGUUGGUAUGGCCUGGCUACAUGACGGCGUUCUGGACAUUAAGUGAACUCAUAUUUCUGGUUGUCUCAAAUUCCCGGGCUAGCUUGCCAUGUAGCUGUUCUUAAAUGCAAAAGAUGCUAAAAGAUACAUUACAGGAAACUUGUGUGUUUCCCUGCCGGUGCAAUUACCUCGAAACGCCAUCCAUGCACUUGACCCCUGAG